UUUCAGCAUACGUUUGAUGUCAUGUGACUCAUCUUCAGCCAUCUUGUGGAUACGAGACGAGAGACGCCACUCGCACACAAACUCAGCGCUGUCAGUAAAAGCAGAGACUUUAAAGGAAAAUGGCAGAAACCCAGACACUUAACUUCGGUCCAGAAUGGCUCCGUGCCCUGUCUGGUGGAGUAGGUAGCAGCAGUGUGGCCUCCCCUCCACUUUCACCUGCAUUGCCAAAGUAUAAACUCGCAGACUACCGUUACGGGCGAGAAGAGAUGCUUGCACUUUAUGUUAAGGAUAAUGGGAUUCCGGUAGAUCUUCACGAUAAGGAAUUUCUACCUAUUUUACAAGAGGAGCCCCUGCCACCAUUGGCGUUAGUCCCUUUUACAGAGGAAGAACAGAGAAAUUUCUCCAUGUCUGUAAACAGUGCAGCAGUUCUCCGUUUGACUGGAAGGGGAGGGGGGACGCUAGCAGGGGCACCCAGAGGCCGUUGUUCCUCACGGGGUCGAGGGAGGGGAAGAGGAGAUGGUGGGUUUUACCAAAGAAGUUUUGAUGAUGUGGAAGGAGGUUUUGGCCGCGGAGUGAGAGAGAUGCAUCGCUCCCAGAGCUGGGAGGAGAGGGGAGACAGAAGGUUUGAAAAGCCAGGACGAAAAGAUCCAGAUGGAGCACCAGCCCAAUUUCCACUCAAUCACAUAAGGGCAAACUACGAGGAUGCUGGUGCAGGCAAUGCUCGAAAGCACGAGAUCAUACGCUCAGGGAGUGACAACUGGCGUGUGUCUCGAGAGGAGCAGAAUGGAGAGGAUGAUGACGUGGGCUGGAAGCUAGCGGGGUCUCGUCGGGAUAAUGAACGAUGGUGCCCCCCAAGUCCAGAUGGCCAGCGAUCAACAGGGUGGCGGGAACACCCAGAGCAACGGCGGCGCUUCCCGUUCGAUGCAAGGGAUGAGGAGCGUGCCGGUUACCGCAGACCUCGAUCGGGCACCGGGAGUGUAGAGGAGGAGAGAGACAGCUUGCCAGAAUGGUGUCUCGAAGAUGCAGAAGAGGAGACGGGUACAUUUGACUCCUCUGGGGCCUUCCUCUCACUUAAGGUGAGAAUAUUGGAAAAAGCUCCUAAGGAGCCAAUCCUGGAAGAGGCGGAGCUGGACUUCCGGCCACUGGAGGAGAAUGGAGAAUACACAGAAAAGGACGACAGUGAUUUAGAACAAACCAAAGAUACUGACAAAGACGCAAGACGCAAUGGUGAGAGAAAUGAAGAAGGCAGUGUAUCGGAAGAGGCAUCACCGGUAGCUAUACCAUUGACAAAAAUGGUAACACCUCCCAAGCCUGUGACCCCAGCACGCCUUCCAAUAGUGCAGCCAGAGCAAGCUGAAGAAAGUGAGAGACCGUUGCAGAAAGUCGUUCCAGAACACCGACCUGAACCCAGUAAAGCGCCACUACACACAACCUUACCUGACAGGCUAGUGGAGGCCAUUUCCAUACCACAUGUUGCAAACACACUCCCAGAUCUUCCAGUGCGGACACCUUCAGUGCUCCCUGCCCAGUCAGUGCCUACUCAGACAUUGCAGCUCAAGCCUCUGGAGGUGCCAGUGGCUCCACUUCUCCCCCACUCCACAGGCAUUGUGGGCCCUAUCGGCCUGACCUCUGCCCUGCCCACUGACCUGGAUGAGGAUGAGGGACUCAAGCACUUUGAGCAGGAAGCUGAGAAAAUGGUGGCAUACCUACAGGACGGAGGUGUGGACGAUGAGCGUCUGGCUGCCAAGAUCGGCCCCAAACCCACAGCUCUUCCCAUUACCCAUGAGGCUGCAUUUAAAUGGUUUUACAAGGAUCCACAGGGAGAAAUCCAAGGGCCCUUUAGUAACCAGGAGAUGUCUGAGUGGUUUCAGGCAGGUUAUUUCACCAUGACCCUGCAGGUGAAGCGAGGCUGUGACGAAAUGUUCCAGCCCCUGGGAGAGAUUAUGAAGAUCUGGGGAAGAGUGCCCUUCACCCCCGGCCCCACGUUACCUCCCAUGCUGGGAGAUGCUGAACAAGAGCGGCUGAAGAGGCAGCAGGAAAUGAAUGCUCUAAAUAUGUAUCAGCUACAACAGAUGCAAUAUCAGUACUUACUCAGGCAACAGUAUGCUCAGGCUCUGGCACAGCAAAAGGUUUUAAGCUCUGCCCCUCCUCCUCCCCAACAUCAGCAGCUCAAUCUCCUCCUCCAUCAGGCACUCAAGAUCAGAACACCGGAGCCACAACAGAGCCUCUUGCCUCCUGUAACACGUUCCAUGUCAGUUCCAGAUUCGGGUUCCGUUUGGGAAAUGCAGAUCCCGUCCACUCAAGCGUCAUGUUCUCCAAACAUGCAGCCAGCUACUCCCAGCACAUGGGAAGGGAGCAGUGUAUGGGAUUUGCCAAAAGACUCCAUGACUCAAGCGUCUUCCAUUGAACAGAUGCAGCUGGAGAAAGCCAAAGCUCUGAAGCUUGAGAUGGAGAGACGGGAGGUAGAGCUUCGGGCUAAAAUGGAAGAGGAAGAGAGGAAGCGUCUGGAAGAGGCGCUGCGUGCCAGACAGGAAGAGGAGCGGAAACGCUUGGAGGAGGAAGAGCUGGCACGACGCAAACAGGAGGAGGCUCUCCAGAGGCAGCGGGAGCAGGAGGAGGCGCAGCGGCGGCAGAAGGAAGAGACGCAGCGGCGGCAGAAGGAAGAGGCGCAGCGGCGGCAAAAGGAAGAGGAGGAAAGAUUAGCUCAGGAGGCGGUGCUCCGCCGGCUGGAGGAAAGGAAAGAAGAGGAAGAGAGGAGACAAAGGGAAGAAUUCCUUCGCAAACAGCAGGAAGGGGAACGGAGGAAACAGGAAGAACUCGAAGCUCUGAGGCGACGUGAGGAAGAGAAGCGGCAAGAAGAGGAAGCAGCAGCGUUGGCAAAGCAACAGCAGGAGGAGCAGAAAAAGAGAGAGCAGGAGGCGCAGAAGCAGCAGGAGUUACAGAGGCAGCGGCAACAGCAGCAGGAGGCACUCCGCAGAUUGCAGCAGCAGCAGCAACAACAGCAGCUUGCACAGAUGAAGCUCCCCUCAUCCUCUAAGUGGGGUCAUCAGGCAGCCACAGCAAACAGUCUCUCCCAGUCUCAGAAUGCCUUGUCGCUCUCAGAGAUCCAAAAACUGGAGGAGGAGAGAGAACAGCAAGCACGAGAGGAGCAAAGACGACUGCAGCAGGAGCUCCAGAGGGUCCAGCAGCAGCAGCAGCAACCUCAGGCCAAGCUCUCUGGCUGGGGAAAUGUGCCCAAGCAGCCGGCUGCUACUAAAUCCCUGCUGGAGAUCCAGAGGGAGGAGGCACAGCAGAUGAAACAACGGAAAGAACAGCAGACACAGCAACAACAACCGCUGCUGCAGCAGCAGCAGCAACAACAACAACAACACACAACCGUCACCCAACAAAAUCACACACAGAGCCGAACGACCAUCAAUGCAUCAGUGUGGGGGUCUGUCAGUAAUACCGGGUCGCACUGGGUGAUGGACAGCAGUGUGUGGGGUGAUGCUCAGAACUCUAAUAUUGGCUUCUGGGAUGAGGCUGUAGAUGCUGCCCCACCUCCGGCUACACGCAAGAGCCACAAUCUGAAAAACAAGGGUAACGCUAACCUCAGUAAUAGCAGCGGUGGUAAAGCCAAUAAAAAGGUAGAAGAGGAAGAGAAGCUACUGAAACUGUUCCAGGGAGCCAAUAAGAAUCAGGACGGCUUUAUGCAAUGGUGUGAACAGACUCUACACACUCUCAACACGGCUAAUAACCUUGAUGUCCCCACCUUUGCGUUGUUCCUGAAAGAAGUGGACUCACCGUAUGAGGUGCACGACUAUGUGCGAGCCUACCUGGGGGAUACGUCACAGGCAAAAGACUUCGCCAAGCAGUUCCUGGAGCGCCGUGCCAAACAGAAUGCUAACCAGCAAAAACCUCAGCAAGUCCAGCAGCAAAAACAGCAGGACUCUGUGUGGGAAAUAAGCCAAGUGUCACAGUCAAUCAAUCAACACCAACAACAGCAGCAGCAACGGUUUGAAACGGUCACCUCCGGCAAGAAGAAGAAGAAACAGAAGAUGGUACGAGCCGACCCAAGCCUUCUAGGUUUUUCUGUCAACGCCUCAUCUGAGAGACUCAAUAUGGGUGAGAUCGAGACAUUGGAAGAUUGACAAGGCAUUUGGAAAUUGCCUGCUGAUUGACAAGCUCCCCCUACUGACAAUUUACCCUUCUGAACAGCUGCCAUUAUAUCCCACCUCAAACUUUGUUUCUGUCUCUUUUUUUUUUUUUUUGUUCUUUUUUUUUUUUAAACAUUAUCCUCAAAUCUUUGAUUUGGGGCAGCAAAUCUUUGUUCCUCCCUAAUCCAGAGGGAAAAAAAGUUGCAAUAACAAUGCUGCCCUGUUGCCACGAAAAGAACCAAAAUAUCCUGAAUAAAGUAAAAGAGAGCGAGCGAGAGAGGAGUAAACUGACCUUACAGUCUUCAAUGUAACAUCAACUGUGUUCCUCCUCUGAGAUGAAGCGUCUACUCACAUUCAUAAACAUCUCUCUUAAAUUGUUGCUAUAAUUGUGAAUAGAAGGAGUGUAGAGGAAAAAAGAUGAUGUAUUAUCCCCACUACAAUAUCCUUUUUAUUUAUUGGUCAUCCCCCCUCAUUCUUUGAGUGUUUUUCAUUUAUUUUAUUUUCUCUCCUCCCAUUUUCCUGCCCCUAUGUUGGCGGAGGUCGAUAACAGCAUAGGACUCAAGGACAUGUAAUCAACAGUGUCCUGUUUUAAGGACAUGUUUGAAAGUUCCAGAUAGUUAUUCAUUUUCUUGUAAAAUACUAGGCUGUUUAAAGAAUUAACUUUCAAUUCUGCAUCUGUAUUAUAAUAUAUGAAAAUGAUGAACUCGUGGAGUCAAUUUUUUUUUAUUGCAAUACAAGAAAUAAAACAACAGUCUCCUGUGUGGGCUGUUCUACACA